AUGCUCGCCCGGGGUCCUGCCCUCCUCAACCAGUCUGGCCCCACCGAGUUCGUGUUCCGCCCCUUCACCCUGGUGCCCGAAUUCCAGGCUCUCCUCUUCCUCCUCUUCCUCCUGCUCUACCUGCUGAUCCUGUGCGGCAACACUGCCAUCAUCGCGGUGGUCUGCACGCACAGCUCCCUGCGCACCCCGAUGUAUUUCUUCCUGUGCAACCUCUCCCUCCUGGAGAUCUGCUACACCACCGUGGUGGUGCCUCUGAUGUUGGCCAACCUCUCCGGGCCGCAGAAGCCCAUUCCCCUGGCGGGCUGCGGGGCCCAGAUGUUCUUCUUCGUCACCCUGGGCAGCACGGACUGCUUUCUCCUGGCCGUCAUGGCUUACGACCGCUACGUGGCCAUCUGCCACCCGCUGCACUACACGCUCCUGAUGACGCGGAGGCUGUGCGUGCAGAUGGUGACGGGCGCCCUGGGCCUGGCGCUCUUCCUCUCCCUGCAGCUCACGUCCUUGAUCUUCACCCUGCCCUUCUGCGGCCACCGGCGCCAGAUCAACCACUUCCUCUGCGACGUGCCACCCGUGCUGCGUCUGGCCUGCGCCGACACCCGCGUGCACCAGGCCGUGCUCUACGCCGUGGGCAUCCUGGUGCUCACGCUGCCCUUCCUGCUCAUCUGCGUGUCCUACGUGUUCAUCGGCGCGGCCAUCCUGCGCAUCCGCUCGGCCGCCGGCCGCCGCCGGGCCUUCUCCACCUGCUCCUCGCAUCUCACCGUGGUCUUGCUGCAGUACGGCUGCUGCAGCCUGGUGUACCUGCGCCCCAGCUCCAGCGCCACGGAGGAUGAGGACCGCCAGAUCGCCCUGGUCUACACCUUCGUCACCCCCUUGCUCAAUCCCCUGAUUUACACCCUUCGGAACAAGGACGUCAAAGGCGCACUCAGAAACGCGGUGGUCGGCAAAGUUGGCUCUGACCUCCGUUGA